AUGUUGCUGCAUCAUGCGCUUAGUAACACGCAAACACCAUUUGGAUGCCCUAUUGUGGCACCUGAGAAUUACCGAGAAGAGGCCGAGGAGAUUGUAGACUUCAUUUGGAAACUUAACGCAGAUCAGCCGAUGUACACCUUUCCCGAUUUGUGGGCGAUGUUCACAGCAAAGGCAAUGGCUCGCCUUGGUGGACCCAACGUAGUACCGUUUCGCGGUCGUGAUGACCCACCUGAGCUCAUGACACGUGACUUGCUCCUCACAUUUCCGCGUUCGCUGGUUCCCGAGGAUGACCGUGAUGUCCUGAACAUGAAGCGUGUUUUAUCGCGUCAAGGGUUUUCAUUGGAGCAAGUGGUUGCCUUGAUGGGGUGCAACCGUUGUAUUGGUUUUCACGACGUCGCUAACUUUCAUACACGUGAGGAGGUGAAGCCAAAAUUGAAGCGGCGCCCAGGACUCAUUGGACCCAGUGACGAUGAGUUUCACCUGCCUAGCACGAUUCAGAAAACUACGAUGGACCCAUAUGUGUUUGGCUCAGAGUACUUUGAUCUUCUGCUGGAUUACAAAUGGCGUCAACCAGGAUUGUUCCAGCAGCAAAGGAAGGGUGAGUAUAGGUGUAACGCAAAGGAGCGCGCGCGCCAAGUAACCUUACUCGACCCCUUUUCCGAGAAAUCGUACGAGUCGCAGCAACGUCGGAUGAAGGCUGCUGAAAAAGCACGGGAGAGUAUUGAUGCAGCGGAUAAACGUAUCCCAACUCUUGGAGGCAACGAUAGUGCUCCCGACGGCGGUCGCUUUGAUCGCAGCGGAGAGGCUCAGUUCAUUCCGGGUGCGACUAGCGCCAACUGGAGCGAUGGUGCGGAGAGUAGCAAUCGAGAACUGGACAUCGCUGGCGAUCCUGACUACGAAGCUGAGCGCGUGGCUGUGUCUGUUGACCCGUGUGAGCAUGUUUCAAUGCGCGGUACAGAUGUUAUGCUUUUGGACGAUGCUCUCACGAAAGGCUGGCUGUAUCAGUUUGGGGAUAACGAGCUUGAGUUCUACGCCGCUGUAUCGGAGGUGAUUUUAAACAUUCAAGGCAGAGGUUAUAAUCCGAAUAAGCUCGCAGUGUGGAAGUGA